CAGGGCAGCCAGUGGCAGCGCAGCUUGCUGCAUGGUCGGCGGAGGAGAGCAGAGCAGAGGGCGGUUGGAGGUGAUCGGCUGUGGGUGAGAGAGAAAGAAAGAGAGAACGGGAGGCUGAGAGACCGGGCUCGGGAGGCGGGGAGAGUAAGACAGAGGUAUAAUCAUGGGAUUAUUGUCAAAUCUGGCUCGGGGUUUGGUGCGUGGAGCUGAUCGGACAGCAGAACUCACAAGCAAGCGUGGACCCCGCAGUUUCUAUAAGUCCCGGGGAGCCAAACCAGCAGGGAUUAUUACUUCCAGCGGCAAGUUUGUAAAGAUCAGAAAAAUGGUGCCUGAGUUUGUAGUCCCCAAUUUAGAAGGUUUUAAACUGAAACCCUAUGUGUCUUACAAAGCACCAAGAGGAACAGAGCAACCCCUGACAGCCAAGAAACUCUUCACAGAAACAGUUGCUCCACAAAUAGAAAAGGACUUUCAGGAAGGGAAUUUUGACCUGAACAACCUUGAAAAAUAUGGCUUUGAACCAACACAGGAGGGCAAGCUUUUCCAACUGUUUCCAAAAAAUUAUGUGCGGUAAUAUGAACUGCAUUGUUUGCUAUACUGAAUUGAGAGAUAAGUAGGAAGUGAUAGCCAUCUAUGUGAUUAUAGUUUUGCUGGAAAGAAAUGUCAAAACCUGACAUUCCAGCUCUUCUGUGUUUAUGCCAACAAGGUUGGUGUGUGGUUUUGUUGCUACCAGAAUUACCUAAUUAAACCUCAUCUUUCAUUAGAAUUCAGCAACACAACACCAGAUGUAAAGUUCUCCCAGUGUUUUUCUAAAUUCCAAUAAUAUCUUUAACUUCUCAUUAGCUACUUUUUCCAUGGUGUUUUUAUUCCUUAGAGCAAUGUAUAUUUGUUGUAAAUUGUGAUUUCUUGAAAUGUUUACCAUUAAUGACAUCUUUGAAUCUAGUUUUCCAUCUACCUUAGCCAAAUUGCCACUCAUGCUUAUGUAGUUUGCUCUGUUCAGAUUUAAGAGCCUAGUUUCAGAUGUAACCAAAUAGCUGUCGUUGGCUGUCCCUCGCUUAAAUGAUGACAUCUGCUCAGGGUUGCAAGUUUCUGCCUUGGGUUUUCAUGUGACUGUACGGGCUGAUUCUUGAUCCAGAUUUUUGGACACCAGGAUAUCCCACCAAGUGGUGGGAUUAGGACUGCAGGAUUUGCUUCCUUUUCUUUCCUUCUCUGCUGCUGUUCUGCCUUAUCAUUAAGAUGUUUGACUCAAAGUGUGGUGCAGCUUGAUGGACGUAUUUAUCUAGCUUCCCCUUGAAUGCAUCUAUGCAAUUCACCUCAACUAUUAAUCACAGUAGCAAGUUCCAUAUUCUAACUAUGUGCUUGAGUGCUACUUGACUCCCUACUGAAUUUGACUAGCUUUGACCACAUUCAGCCUGCUCUUUUCUAGAGAAAAUACCCCUGCAAUGUAUUGUUUUUCUUGGUGAUUUAUAACCUCCCAGUUCUGAUAUCAUCCUUAUAAAUCUUUUUAUAAUAUAGAAUCCAGAGCUGCUCACAAUAUUCUAAAUGUAAUCUUACUGAGGUUCCACACAAUAGCUUAGUUGACAUCGAGUCCAUAUGACUCUUCAGCUCUUGAAGUCAUAGAGACUUGAUAUGUUAACGGUUUCUCUCUCCAGAGAUGUUGCCAAACUUGCUGAGUUUUUCCAGCAUUUUCUAAUUUUAUUUCAGAUUUCCAGUAGCUAGUUUUUUGCUUUUAUUUAAGGCUCCCCACAAGUUUACCAUAACUCCCUGCUUUUCAAUUCUGUCCCUCUAGGAAUGAACCCCAGUGUUUUGUUUGCAAUUUUAUGGCCAUUAACUUGCAUUAUGUUCAAUGAUUUGAGAAUGUGCACUUCUGGAUCCCUUUGUUCUUCUAGCCCAUUAAAACUCAUUUUCUAAA